GGGGGGGGGGGGGGGAUAACCAUGUCUUGAGGCAUCAACAAGCAUGCAUAAUGGGCAUGUGAAAACAACUACAACUGCCCCUGCAUGCUGAGAGGAAGCAGCAAAGCUAAUACUGCAUGAGUCAUUGAGCUUAGGCUGCUAUAGAGGUAUUAUGUUUCACUUUAGCACAUUACAACUAAAGAGGUCAUUUCACAGUCAAUCAGACCAAGAAGCAGAGGUGCUGCAGCCAUAACCUGUCCGCCGGUGCAGCCACAAAAUAAUAUGAUUUGAAGGCUAAUACAAUAAAUGACGCAACAUAAACUGUGUCUUUUCUCAAUGACUUAAUAAUGAUGCUGAUAAACAAGCCCCAAAGUUGCAAUGAUACUUGAAAGAAUUUUCUUUCUUUGAACUGAGAUAGGAGCCUCAUUAGUGACCAAAUAAAAGAAAAAUAUGGAUUGAAUGUGGACCAGGGGAUCCAAAUUAAAAAUACACACACGCGCGCACACACACACACAGACCGACACAAUGCCCGGGCACAUCCUCAGGCUUAGCUCUCUUGAUUUCAGAGGCACAAACACACACAGUAUUCCAGCCAUAUCUGCGUAAGCAUGUGUGUGUAUGUGUGCACACACAUGUGUCGCUGGAAAAUGGUAAAUAAUGAAUUAAAAAGUACCCAUUUCAAGUAGACCUGCCAAGUUUCUGAGUCAACUGCGAUAGCUGCAGAUUGGUUUAAUAAAAUAUGAGCUAAAUUCUCCCCUGCCACUGCUGUCACUGAUGCAAAAAAGGGCAAUGAAAUGUAAAUACACUGGCUGGGCUGAGAAGGACACAGAAACACUGUGGAGUUGCAGCACGAGGGCUUCCCUGCUGUGGAGAGAAACAUGCUCAGAUGUUAAUGGCACGCAUAGAAAUAAUAGGAAGAAGAGGGGGAAAAUCCACUAUUAAUAAGCUGUUUCUUUUUGUUUUGGAGAUUUUCCCAUAAAGGGAAACCUCAGAGCAGACACACACGGCAAAGAUUUCAAGACAGACUGGGAUGAUAUGCGACAUGGGCCCUGACUGAAUUCAUGUUGGAGGAGCUUCAGAAGAAUCAGACAAGCUUCCCGAUUGGAUAUGAUGGGGGCUUCAGAGGAACAUCUGCAUAGCGGCUGGGCUGUGAGGGAAUUGCUGACUUUGUUCUCAUUACUGCACUUUUAAUGACUUCUGCUGUGUGUUUUUGUUACGGUAUGUGAGCUGCAAUACAGUGUUUAGGUCUCAAAUGCAUUCAUUCAUCAGUCAACCUCACAGAAAACAGGACAAAUUAGUGUUUUUAUUAGGACGAUCAUGGGGUCCCUCCUGUAUUGUGAAAUGACAAAAAGCAAUCUCCUUUGUCUGAGCAUUUUAAAACCCAAGUGUGAGCAGUUUUGAGGCAGUUUUUAUUGUGUUAUGUUACACCAGAAAGUUGAAACAAACAUGAUAAGAAGCCAGCAGAUACAUCUAAUUUAUAGUAUUCACAGAAAUGAGUUAUAAAUAGGUCUAAUUCCAAAUCAUUAAUGCUUAAAAUCAUUACCUCUUUCUCUGAGAUGCCUGUAAUUGAAUAGAGAUUUGAAUUUGAUAUUGGGAUGCACAGUGCAACUAGAGGAUCCCCGGUUUGUGUCCCAGACUUCCUGGGAUCUUUCUGCAAGGAGUUUGCAUGUUGCAUGGGUUUUCUCCAGCUACUCCAACUUCCUCCCACAGUCCAAAAAUAUGCUGAGGUUAUUUGGUAACUCUAAAUUGUCCAUAGGUGUGAAUGUGAGUGGGAUCGUUUGUCUCUCUGUGUAGCCCUGUGAUAGACUGGUGACCUGUCCAGGGUGUCCCCUGCCUCCGCCCUAAGCCAGCUGGGAUAGACCCUAAUGAGGAUUAAGUGGUGUAUAGAUUAUGGAUGGAUGGAUGGAUGGAUGGAUGGAUGGAAUUUGAUAUUUAAUGGCUGUUACUCUUAUACUUGUACAUAAAUAUUGUAAGGAACCAAGUUAACUUAGAGUCCUGCAUAAAUAAGGUUCUUAUUCAUCUGAAUGGGGCCAAUCUGUCCAUAUAUUGAGGAUACCAGCAUCACUAAAGUCCAGUAAGAAGUCUGAUUGUUGACUUAAGGGUCUUUCACAGAGGAUGUGAUAUGUACUGUGCUCGCCACAGGAGUUCAGAGCACAGCUCACAGGGAGUCAGAAUAGUGAGUUUAGUUAGUUUUCAAAACUUCCAGCUAGGCGACAUCACCAUCCUCCCAAGCAGGAAACUUUCAAUUUGUUGUAAACACUUCAGUAGCAAAGGUGUAUUUGUCCUAUCCUAAGUAGUAAACAUUAGCACUAACCUUGUUAGUACCAAAGUUUUCCUUCUCGAGUCUCAAUAUAACCGCAAAAUUGUGUCAUUGUGUCAAUUCAGGGAAUUCAGACACACACAGUACCAGCUUUUAUAUGCCCUCAUAUGCGUCUUAUACAUGUCUCAUAUGGCCUCUGUGGCACAUGAGACGCCUCCUUUCUAUUGGCACCCAGUUGUAGUUCAGGUGUAUUUUUUAACUUUGACAGUGAUCCGCAAGUAGUUGAAAUGAAUGGGUCAGAGCGUGGUGCCAGCGUUGCCAUGUCCCGUGUGAAAGACUUUUAGAUGAGGUUUCUUCCUGAAGACUCUUCCAUGCAGAUCCUGUUUGUGCACCAACAUUGUAUAUUGGGAUGGUGCCACACUCGUGUUAGCUAAACCUUCUUUUACAUAUUUUGCAGUCAUAUUCAUGUUUUGUUUUUGUUGUUCUGCUGAGCAGACCUCCAGGUUGUGUCUUGAUUUCCAGUUCCUAUCAACUGCCACUUCUUACAUGGCAUUGUAUGUUGGAAAAAGGAAGCUGGAAAAGCCUUAUGUAGUCUUCCCCUGUUUUGUAGUCAUCAUUUUGCUUCACUUUAGGUUCUCAGGGAAUUGUCUAGAGGAAGCCAUGACAAUUAAAUGCUAUAACAAGAUCUGAAGAAUCCGAGAAUUUAUCAUCUAUUUCUGAUGACAGUUCUUGACCUCCCUAAUAAGUCCAUCCAUCCAUUUUCUUCAGAUUAUCUGAUGUUGGAUCACAGGGGCAGCAGGCGAAACAGGACAUCUCAAGGCAUUCCCAGAUCAGAUAUGGAAUCCCUCUAGCGAGUUCUAGCUCUACCAUGGGGUCUCGUUCUAGUUGCACAUGCCUGGAAAACUUCUGAUGGAAAGUGCCCAGGAAGUAUCCCAAUCAGAAGCCUGAAACACCUGAGCUAGCUCCUUUUGACACAAAGAACCGGCAACUCUACUCUGAGCUCCCUUCGGAUGUCUGAACUCUUCACCCUAUCUCUAAGGCUGACUACACAGGAAACUUAUUUUAGCUUUAAUCCACAAUCUCAUUCUCUCAGUCAGUACCAAGAGCUCAUAGCCAUAUGUGAGAGCUGGAAUGUAGAUCAGCUUGUAAACUGAUGAACUGUGCUUGCAUUACUGCUGAUGCUGCUCCAAUUUGUCUGUCCAUCUCAUGCUCCAGUUUCCCAUCACUUUUGAAGAAGAUCCCAUGAUCCUUUAACUCCUUCAUUUGAAUCAGCAACUCACCUCCAAAUCAGAGGAAGCAACCCACCAAUUUCUGGCUGGGAACCAUAGCUUCUGUCUUUCAGGUCCUCAGAUGGUAAAUGAAGUGUAAAAAGAUAAGAAGAACUUUACAGUACCCAACCAAACAUCUGCACACCACAAACAGUGCAUUUUUGGAAUUGAAGAUAAUGUGACAUUAGCCAAAUUUUUUGCAUACAGCUGCAACAUACUCACAAAUUGAAUUCAUAUAUCACUAACUGACUUAUCCUAUUAAAUAACAGAAAGCUGAUGAAAGAGAAAAAAAUAUCUAAACAAUCCAUUUGGAUGUGCAUAUCAAGCAAGACAAUUGGUGGAUGAGGAUGGCUCAAAGUGCCAAAGAAAAACAUAAUCUCCAUUCACUUAUAAAUGAAACAGCCUGCAUGUUUCCGCCUGUGCAGGGCCACACAAAGCAUUAUGAAGAUUUGGAAGCUGCCCACAUCAGCUUCUCCGCAGCUGACAUCACACUCUCCAUGGCUUAUGGCUGCAGACAUCCUAAUGUCUUCACAGAGAAGUUCAUUCAUAACCACUAACACACAUCUGCUUGCAGACUGACACUUGCUGGUGCAUGCAGAGUUGCUGAUAAACUUGUUCUAUAUGCAUACUGUCAUACACAAUUAAAAGAAAUGACUCAGUGCCACUAGUAAAUCCACACUAUGGUUGACAGUAUUCAGAUCUUCAAAAUGUAAACUUCUCACCAUGGUAUGUCACGCAGCAAAACUCAUGAUGCCAAACAAGAGAGCUUAAAAAACAGCAAGAAAUUUUGAACAAAGAAUAAUAAGAGUUCAUGCCUGUGCUGCCUGCAGGGCAGUCGAUGUGCUCAGGAACACGUUUGACAAUUAUUUUCAGGGGAAUAUGUCACUGUUUGAGAAGAGUUUUCAGAACAUCAAAGUCAGUCUCUCUGAAGACAUGUUAGAUAACUUCAAAGUCUUGUGACUGCUUUGCCAAGAGGUGCUUUUCCUUUGUUUUGUGCAGCUAGUUUGUUUUCUACUCCAUUGUGGAGUAGAUGAUAAGGACUCUGAGUGUGGAUUGCAUCAUGAACCUGUUCUUUGUAAUUUACAGUUCAAGGACGCAAUGGACAUUGAACAUGACUUUAAACACCAAAGUAUUCUGACAGGUUGGUAUCCAACCAAGAAGCUUGGAGAACAUCCUUUGAAGUUGAUUGCUCUUUUUUCCUUAUUUAGAAGCUGUAAUGAAUGGAGACGUAAAGAUACAACUGCAUUAUUUUACAAUUUUGAAAUUUGGAUUUCCAGUUUACUUCAUUUUUUGUGUAAUAUCACAUGACAUUUUGCCUUCUAGUUAUUUUUUCCUUAAGGCUUUUCCUUUGAAGUCUACAGAGAGUUGGUUUGAGAAUUGUUGAGACCAUAUGCCAUAGAUUGUUUGGUGUGUAGUCUGCCUACAAGCACAUCUAAAGCUCUCCAAUUAAUAUGCUAUAUCUUGUGAUCUGUUUCCCUUUUUCAGUCCUGCUGCUAUGCUAAGCUACCAGGCUGUUGGUUGUAUAAUCAUAUUAUAUGAAUUUGAGAAUAGGUCUGAUGUUGUCAUCUAACUCAGCAAAAAAAUAAAUAAGUUUACUUCCCAAAAUGUCAAACUACUCUUUUAGUAAAUAACACCAAAUGGUGCUGUUGUUUAUGCAGCCUUGAAUAGAAAAGGUAAUUGAGAAAUACUUACUGCAGGAUUUGAAACCAAGUUUUCAGUGGCUUUAAAUAUUUCAUAUUAAUAACCAUCUGGAUAUACGUGAGAAUACAAAGUCUGAGGGAAAAGACCAGCUGCUGCCUUAUCAGAAACGAUCAGCUGCGGUGCUGCCUUUAUUUCCCACAGCAUCAAAACAGCAACAAGAGGCUGAUGCCUACAUGUCUACUUAAUUAGUAAGGAAUCCUCCAAUACCAUGCAAUAUUCAUCACAUUAUGAACCUCAUCUACCUGCUGCCCAUACAGUGUACUCUAAGUCUCUGGUGACAUAAUUAUAUGACUGACGCUGUGGCAUUAAUUGGAAUUACUAUCCCUGAGGAUCAGUGUCGGUGGAUAUUAUAGGACUAUCUUGGUGAUGCUGGCCUGUAGCCUGUUCAGGAAGAGCUAAGCAUGCAACCUAUAACAUGGACCAGAUCAAUGAAGAGGAAGGUCAGCAUUCGUGAAAAUGAAAAAGAUGAUCUGUCCAAAAUAUCAAUAUCUGUCAGGCAAAUUAAUCAUGGUUUGAAAUUGGUUGUGAGCAGGCCUUUAAUUUGUGUAGCUUUAUUUGUAUGAUUAUCAGUGAAGUAACAAAGAUGUUGGGUUAACAAUAUACAACACUUUAGAAUGUUGGAAAAUCAAUUUUGCCGGGCUUUGUCUGAUAGAAUAUAAAACAGGCAGCAUCUCUUCUGAAAUAAUGCUCAAAAAUUCCACUAAAGUGAACAUACUGUGAUGUAUUGCAUCACAUAUUCUGGUAAUCCUCCUCCAACUCCUGCCAUUUGCAUUUCUCCAUGUAAUACAGUAUUGUACAGACUAAAACAUGCAAUAAUAAGCUACUUUGGCUCUGGAUGGGAAGAUUUGCCUCCUCUGUUGUAUGCUGCGAUAUAAUGAGAUGAAACAGAGCUAUCCAACUUUGGAGAUCACAAAAAGGAUUUCAUUUGGUUCAUCUCCUCCUUCAGUUUUUCAUCACUAAUAACUGUGUAAAACAACUUAAAUACAGAAAGUCAUACAUAUAUCUACAAAAGCUAAAUACAGUGGCAAGAAAAAGUGAGUGAACUUUGUGGAAUUAUCUUCAUUUUAGACAUAAAUUUGUCUUGAAAUAGGGUCUAUUAUUCAUCUAAGUUACAAUUAUUGCCAAACACAACCUAUUUUCACCAGUAACACAAAAAAUGUAUUACUCUUGUCCAUGAACUCACUGUAUAUUGAGUUUCAUUCAAACAUCCUGAGUGUUGGUUGCAAAAGUGGACUAAUGACAUAAACAAGAGCUAACCAGAGCAAGACUGAGGAUCAAUCAAUGAAACUAAUUGGAGGUGCGGGCUAGAGCUACUUUACCCUAUAAAAUCAUUCAAACAGGAAACAUCCGCCGAUGUGAACUAAGCAACAGAUCUCAGAAGAUUUACGUUCCAGAAUUGAUCAGACGGGGUUACAAUGUAUCGAGUUUAGAUGUUAAGCCCACUGUUAGAUGACGACAAAAGCACAAAGCAAUAUACGCAGUGAUUCCUUAAAGCAAUUAAAGCUUUGAUGGAAUUACUGUGGCUGGUGAAAAUCUCUGUUCGUGUGUCUGCUAUACUAAGAUAAAGACGCAUAGCUGAAUGGUUGCAUGGAGUGUGACAUCCUGACCAUGCGCUCUAAAAAACACACAUCACUUUGCACAUGAAAUUUGCAUGAGCAAGAACACUUUUGCACUAUACAACACUACUGGGAAAAUAUUUUAUAGAUCAAUAAAAAAGUCCUUUGCACGCCAACAUGAAAAUAUCAUCCCAGCACUGGAGGGAGCUUCAUGAUUAGGAGCUGCUUUGCUGCUUCUGGGUUUGGACAGCUUGCUAUCGUCAAGGACGAAAUUAAUUCCCAGUUUGAACUCUGUGCAGGAGCAGUGGCAGACUGGCUGGAUUAAGAGAAGCGAUGUCUUGUUCCAGUAGCUCACUUCUAAUCAUGUUCCAAGGGUGGUAUUGUUGAUGCAGACAUACCACAGAUUUUUUCCAAAAUACAGUAUUUCUAAUGUUGCCAAGAAAGGAGUCAACAUACCACAGAUUUGCACUCUUAUAGACCAACACAUAGAUACUGCUGAUGAUUUCUCAGUUCAGGAACUGCAGUCUAUCACCUCUCAAGUUUCUGAUCUUCCCCCUCUGUAGAGAAUUGCUACAUUAAAAUUUAAGAAUAUCUUGAUUCUUACACACCAUGAAUGAUUUUUUUUCUGAUUGCUUCAGACUGACCCAGUUAAAGCAGUGAAUUUUUUAAUGCAGGGAUAUUAUUUCACAAUGCAGACCGCUGUGGUGCCAAAGGGAAAGGCACACUUGAAAAAAAAUAAAAUAAAUAAAAAAAAAAUGUCCACUGCCUCCAGGCACAUAUUAUUUUCCCCCAAAAUACUGUCACGUCCUCUAGGUUCAGCGUAAGGCCAUGUAUGAUCAAUGUUGGCAGUGACUGAGGGUGUCAGUACAAAUUAUAGCAGAGUGGUCAAUGUGGCAAAACAAGCCUCUCUCAUAUGCUUUAAAGCUGCUUUUCUCUUCUUGCUGUUGUUUUGGUUCCCAAAUUUAUGAGGUUGUGUCAUGGAGCCAGGAGGGGACUGAAAUAACCAUCACAUGCUAUUGAUAAAAGGAAAAAUAAAAAUGUGCUGGGAAAAAUGGCUAAAUAUCUAAACAACUUUGAUACAGAAUACUCUGUGCUGUGAAACUAUCCGAAUCUAAAUACUAAUAUAAAAAGACAGAGAUUAUUAAUAUCAGUCCAGUUUACCUUUUCAUGAUAAUAUCUUGGAAAAUGUUAUCACACUUAGUGUGUAUGUGUACGUACCAAAACAACAACCUAUGUAGCAAUCUAAAAAUACAUUUUUAAAAGAAAACAUAAAAGUCUUGAAUUUAAAAUCAUACUUUGGUAAAUGACUUAAGUAUUAUUACCAAAAUGUAUUAAAGAAGUAAAAGUUACAGUACUCAGUCUGUAGAAAGCACUGAUCUCUUUGACUAACUAACUUGUUAUAUAUGAUAUUAUGAAAGUGUGAUAAAUGAAUUUUAAAAACAUCUGCCAAUAAGAAAUCUUAAAAUUGGAAGAAAAAACAAUCUUAAUUCAAAUGAAGUGCAAAAAAAAUAGAUUUACAGACAUUUUUAUCAUAUGUUUUGAGAAAAACUGUUAUUUUGCAUUUUUUUAAAAUAAAUUAUUAUGAUCAAGCACCUUUCAAAAAAACAACUGAUAACUGGCUGAUAAAAGUUAUGCGGUAAAACACUAUUUUACAGUUUUGGGAUUGUAACUAUACCACAGCACCACAGCUUUAUUUUCGAAGACAAAUAAACUACACAACACUAUUGAAUCCAAAAGGCUUUUGUGUAACACAUAUCCCUCUGAAAUCUCUCUGUGCUCAGGAGGUUCUUGAGAUAAUUACUGUCUGCAGUGGUUUUAGUCAUUUUCUAGUGUGUCCUUUGACCUUAGUUUUUAGUGAAACACUGAACUGACACUUUAAUGAAGCUUUCAUGAAAAUCUUGUUUGGUGGAACUAAUAGAAACUCACUGAUAUCUGAAACAUGACAGGGGACUAAUUACAUUUAGAUCUCUUUGGUAGAACAAAAACACUUUCCAGUGUCACCUGAACAAAAGAAAAAAUUAAAACGUAUCAAUAAUUAUUUUCAUAUAGACUUUUUACAUUUAUUUAUAUAUGUAGCAUACUUUCAAAGAUAACAUGGUCCAUAAUAGGCAUGUACCAUCUUUUUCAACAUCUUUUCUACCAUUUAUUGUGUCCCUCUGGUGGUCAGUACAGCUGCAACAAUUAAUAACUUAACGAUCAAGCAAUGGUAAACUAAUCUGUAUAAUCAUUUAAUCAGUUUCAGUAUUUUUUAAUGAAAAAAACCCAAAUUCUCUGAUUCCAGCUUCUUAAAUUAGAAUAUUUUAUGGUUUCAUUAAUCCCCUAGGAGAAUAAAUUGAAUAUAUUUAUGGAUUUUGGACAAAGGAAGACACAGGAGGGUGUCAUUUAGGCUUAAAAUAAAACUGAUAGACGGUUCUCACCAUUUUCUGACAUUUUACAGUGCAAAAGACAACUCAUAAUGAAUUGAUCUUGUUUUGAUUAUUCGAGAAAAUAAUUGAACAGAAUGAUAAUAAUUAUAUGUUGCAGAGCUAAUUGUGAAUGUUUGUUAAAAUGGCGGUUGCCUAUGUGCACAUAUGUUUAAAUUACACUGUAUUUAUCUUCACAGUGACUAUGAGGAAACCGCUGAAGGAAAAGACGAGUAUUUAUGUUUACAGGUGCAGAAGAAACUGUGUGUUUCAGGUCAUCUCCUGGUGAAGGCCUGGCUGCAGCUGAUCCCUGGCUCCCAUAUUGAAGUAAUCUGAUCGCUGCUUGUUGCGAGCGAAGGAGAGUCAAGUCCUGCCAACUUCAGCCGCGAAGCAUCCUUCCGAUCCUGCAGAACAUCGGCUGAAACCUGCUUCUUCUUCUUCUUCUUCUUCUGUGCGUCUGGCGCAAUGAGCGGCUCCUUCGGUGGUCUUUGGUGCAGGCAGGACGCAUGAAACAGCUCCUGGGCUCCGUCUAAUCACUGGAAAACCUCCUCAUCCCAGCAGAAAUGAGGCGUUUUUUGACUCUGUGGAUGGGAACUCUGCUGCAGUUUUGCCAUGCAACAAUUUACACCAACGACUGGGCUGUAAAAAUAGGAGGAGACCUUGAGUCUGUGGACAGGAUAGCAGAGAAAUAUGGAUUUACCAAUAUGGGUCAGAUUGGAGACCUGAAGAGUUAUUACAGUUUUCGGCACCGGGAGACAGCAAAUCGGUCUGCUGUGUGCAACAAAGGAGUGACUGUUCGCGUCGCCAAGGAGACCAAGGUGGAGUGGCUAGAGCAGCAGGUGAUCCACACAAGAACCAAGAGAGCCUCCGGAGUCACCAAACACCUUCUCACCACCCAUCCCCGUCGCCAGCCCAGCCACACCCAGACACUGUACUUCAACGACCCAGCGUGGAACAGCCUGUGGUACAUCCACUGCAGUGAUGAGACCAAUGGCUGCCAGUCUCACAUGAACAUUGCGGGGGCCUGGAGGAGAGGGUACACUGGGAAGGGUGUGGUGGUGUCUGUCCUAGAUGAUGGCAUUGAGAGAGAGCAUCCGGAUCUGAAGCCAAAUUAUGAUCGUCUUGCCAGCUAUGAUAUGAACGGACAAGACCCAGAUCCUUCUGUGAAUUCUUCCAACAAUGCUGCUAACUACCAUGGGACUUUGUGUGCAGGGAUGGUUGCUGCUGCUGCGAAUAACUCUCUCUGCACAGUUGGAGUCUCUUUCCAUGCACGGAUAGGCGGCAUCCGGAUGCUGGAUGGAGACGUGACAGACAUCGUGGAAGCAGAAUCACUGAGCUUCAGGCCACAAUAUAUCGAUGUUUACUUAGCUGGGUGGGGGCCUCAGGAUGACGGGGCCACUCUCGAAGGACCUGGGCUUCUGACUCGUCUUGUUUUACGAAACGGCAUUCAAACAGGCCGUCAUGGCAGGGGCUCUAUUUUCGUUUGGGCAUCAGGGAACGGAGGGCGAAGCGGUGACCACUGUUCCUGUGAUGGCUACAGCAGCAGUAUCUACACUAUCUCUAUCAGCAGCAGCACCCAGCAUGGAAGCCAGCCAGAUUACCUGGAGCGGUGCUCUUCCACGCUGGCAGCAGCUUACAGCGGUGGGGAGACAGAGGAGAUGGUGAGUAACCUUGGUCCACAGCAGAGCUGUAGCAGGGUUCGGUCAGGGACUUCCCUCUCCUCCUCCAUUGCUGCUGGUGUCAUUGCUCUCACUUUGGAAGCCAAUUCCUUGCUAACCUGGAGGGAUGUGCAGCACAUUAUUGUCCGAACAUCGAAAGCUCAUCGUCUCACUGCUCCUGACUGGCAUGUUAAUGGGGCCGGAUUUAAAGUGAGCCACCUGUAUGGCUUUGGCCUGCUGGAUGCUGAGAGCAUGGUGAAGGAGGCUGAGCGUUGGAAGCAAGUCCCCUCACAGCAUGAGUGUGUGGAGGAGGCUGCCAUCCAGCUGAGCAGAAUUAUUCAUCCAGGCUCAGUGCUGACGUCUGUGUAUGAGACUACAGGCUGUUCCAGUAAGGCCCUGCAGCAUGUUGUUUAUGUGGAGCACGUCAUUGUACGUGUUAUCAUCACUCACAGUCGUCGCGGCGACCUUUCCAUUACGCUCACAUCACCUUCAGGCACCGUGUCGCAGCUGCUAGCUAACAGGCCUCUUGACGACUCUGCUGAGGGAUUUCAGAACUGGGAAUUCAUGACAGCUCACUGCUGGGGGGAGCAGGCCGCAGGGGAAUGGACUUUAAAAAUCCUGGAUACUCCUUCUGAGAAGAGAGACAGCACAGAACUAGGGGUGCUGAAGACAUGGUCCCUGGUGAUUUAUGGCACCGCAGAGCAGCCAUAUCUCGUGCAUCGUGAGCGAGCCCGAUCAGCUGAGAUUCCCGUGGAUGGUGAUCUCGCUGAAGAAUACAACGGACCCUGUGACCCAGAAUGCAGUGACGAUGGUUGUGAGGGGCCGGGCCCGCAGCAGUGUGUCACAUGCUUGCACUUUUUUCUCAAGUUCAAGAACAACACAAGGCUGUGUGUAUCAGAGUGUCCCAAGGGAUUCUGGGGCGAUCGCCGGCGUUGCAAAAGGUGCUACUCCUCCUGUGAGAGCUGCACUGGAAGUCGCAGUGACCAGUGCACCUCCUGUCAACCUGGACGUUACCUGACCGAGGGCACCAAUACCUGCACAGCCGUCUGCGGAGAUAAUUACUACCUCGACCACGAUGCAAAUAUGUGCAGAAAAUGUAGUGAAAACUGCUUGAAGUGCACCUCCUACAGCAUCUGCACAGAAUGCAAACCAGACACAAGCCUGUAUGGGAACCGGUGCCAACGGAGCUGCGCAGCCGGAUUUUACCAUGACGCGCAGGACGGUGACUGCAAGCCCUGUCACAAGGCCUGUGCUACCUGUGCAGGUGCAGGUGUUGAGGCGUGUAACCGCUGUGCAGAGGGCUACUUGAUGGAGGAGUGGAGGUGCGUGUCCUCCUGCAGUGCUGGCUUCUAUGCCACAGAGCCAAACCCAGAGAUAGCUGAUAGGCACAGGAUAUGUAGGAGGUGUGACGCCAGCUGUCUCACCUGUGUGGGGCCGAGUCGGGGGAACUGCAGCAGCUGUUCCAGCGGUCACAGCCUGCAGGAGGGAGUGUGUGUUGUUAACACUGUGUGCACAGACGGAGAGUACCAGGACAGUAACGGGAAGUGCCACGCGUGUGAUGCAACGUGUCUGAAGUGCACAGGGCCGCAAAGCGAAGACUGCAUCAGCUGUGUUUCUUCACGGGCUCUGGAUGACGGCCGCUGCGUGCUGGCCUGUGCCAAGGGGAAGUACCAGUCUGGUGGCCAGUGUCACCUGUGUGACCACACCUGUGCCACAUGUGUGGAUGCUGGACCUGCCAACUGUACUAGCUGUGACACUGAUAAGUUUGGAGUGGAGCGGUACCUUUUUAAAGGCCUGUGUCUGGACGCCUGUCCUGAGGCCUUCUACCACACCAAGGACAGGAGCUGUGAGCCCUGCUCGGACCACUGCCAGCUCUGCACAAGCCCCAACCACUGCCUCCAGUGCAACUCCUCGUACUACAUCUCUGAUGGAGGCUGUGUGAAGCUGGAGUGUGGGGAAGGGGAAGUGGAGGAUCCAGACUAUGACGACUGCAUGGCCUGUGAGGAGGGCUGCAGAAAGUGUGUCUUGUAUAACCCCAGGCAUUGCCUGUCCUGCACUGAGGGCUUUUACAAUUUUCAGGAUGGCUGCUACAAAAACUGCCCAGCUAAGACCUACGCCGUGGAAGAGGAGAUGAGCUGCGUUCCAUGUGAUGACGACUGUGUGAGCUGUGAUGUACAUGAGUGCUACUGGUGUGAGACCGACCUCUUCUUAUCAGAGGGGAGGUGUGUCUCAGUGUGCCCUGACGGUUUCUAUGGCGAUGAAGACACCAACGACUGUGAGGAGUGUCACUCGGACUGUGUGACAUGUAGCGGCCCGGAGGACAAUGACUGUCUGUCGUGUGAGGAGGGGAAGACGCUUGAAAACGGAGAGUGUGUGUCUGACCACGAGGCCUGUCCCAUUAAGACCUUUCGCAGCGAUGAUGGCGCUUGUGAGGACUGCCACCUAUCCUGUGAGUCCUGCUUUGGAGAGGACAAGAACCAGUGUGCAACAUGUGCAAAAGGGCGUUUUCUAACCGCACAGCAAACAUGUGUAUCCAAGUGUCCGGCGGGCUUCUUUGCCGGUCGACUGAGCGGUUUGUGUGAAGCGUGCCCUCCGGGCUGUUUGCAGUGUGUGGACGCCCAGCGCUGCAGCCGCUGUCAGAGCAAUCGCAGAGCUCAGUUUUUCCUGCAGGAUGGACAGUGUGUUCAAGAGUGUGUCAGGGGUUAUCCUGUGGGCCAAGUGUGUCGUAGCUGUGCUCCCGGCUGUGCGUCCUGUGGGAGAAACGCCACCCACUGCCUCAACUGUGAAGAAUCUCUCCUCCUCCACAAGCACCAGUGUGUGGAGGAGUGUCCUCCAGCGCACACUGUCCGGGACGGGGAGUGCCAUCGUUGCCCCAUGGCCUGUCAGGAGUGCAACCCACUUGGGAAGUGCACAGGCUGUGAGGAGUAUCACUUUCUCCUGGAGGGCCUGUGCGUGCUCGACUGUCCUGAGGGGUUCUUUGAGGACAAAGAACAAGGGGAGUGUUUGCGUUGCCACCCCGACUGUGCUUUGUGCGAUGGGCCGAACAGCAAUGACUGUGAUGCCUGUAUGGACCGUGGAGCCACCCUGCACAAUGGGGCAUGUCUGCCAGCCUGCCCCUCCCACACCUACCGGGACCAUAUGACAGGAGACUGCAAAGACUGCGAUGCAUCGUGCCUCAUGUGCUUUGGACCUCACGCUGGAUCCUGCACCAGCUGCCAAGAGGGUCAGAGGCUGGACAGCCACAACCACUGUGUGCCGUCAGACAGCAAAUGCUCGAUUCACCAGUACACAGACCAGGACGGCGAAUGCCAUCCGUGUCACAAAUACUGCCACAGGUGUUCAGGUCCUGGCAAAACCCACUGCCUGAGCUGCAACCAGAGACAUCUCCUGCUCAAUGGCACCUGCGUGGAUGAAUGCCCAACAGGCUACUAUGAGGACGACUCGGGGCAGAAAUGUGAACCCUGCCACGCCGCCUGUCAGUCCUGUGCUGGAAAGCACAGUCACGAGUGUCUCACCUGCAAAGCCCACCUAUUUCGGGAAGGCAAAGAGUGUGUGGAGACCUGCCAGCACAGUCACUAUGGAAACACGGCCUCAAGGAAGUGUGAGAAGUGUGACCCGAGUUGCGGUGAGUGUAGCGGGGGCGGCGACGACGGCUGCCUGAACUGCGGUGCGGGCCUCAUCUUCUUGCGGAAAGAAGGCCGCUGCCUCCCCUCGUGCCCUCAGGGAUACCAUCACGACGCCGUGCACAAGACCUGCGAGCCGUGCCACGCCACCUGCAGAACGUGCUCAGGACAAUUAUCCCACUCCUGUGACUCCUGCUUCCCUGGAUACCUGCUGUUUGAUGGCAAGUGUGAGUCCAUGUGCGAUGUCGGCCAGCAUCCCAUAAUAGAGGGUUCAGACCACUCCUGUGCAGACUGUGACAGUUCCUGUCUGGAGUGUUGGGGCCCCGGACCGUCCAACUGCACCGAGUGUCCUCCUCAGGCCAUCUUAGAAGCUGGAGGGCGCUGUCUGCUCUGUUGCCGCCAUGGGAAGGAAGAGGAGGAGGAGGAGGUCACGACACAGCAGCAGGACUGUUGUAACUGCACCGAGACUCGUGGAGAGUGCAUCCUCAGCACCAACUUGGCGUUCAGGAAUGAGGGGGAAGAGGAGGCCACAGGGAACCUCACCGUCUUCAUCAUCGCUUGCAUCCUCCUGGUGCUGGCACUCGUGUCCAUCGUCUUCCUCAUCAGACACUCCCGGUCCAAGCACCCUCAGUCGGACCUUCCUCCUCGCGGCUACGAGAAGUUGGGCUCCGGCGGCGUGUUUGGAGGCGGCAGCAGACACGGCGGCUACAGCUCUGCUUCUUCUGCGUCUCACAGUGGCCGAGCCGGCUCCUCUGGCGGUCGUUUCCAGGAGUCUCAGCUGGUUGACAUCGGCGAGCGUCGCUCAGGGGUUAAGGAUGAUGACGACGAUGAUGAAGACGACGAGGACAUUGUCUACAUGGGCCAGGACGGCACUGUGUACAGGAAGUUCCGGUACGGACAGCUGGGAGACGACAACGAGGACGAGCUGGAGUACGACGAUGAGAGCUACGCGUUCCGGUGAAGCAUGAAAAACAUUUCUUUCUUUUCUUCUGGAUUCUUCUCCCUCUGUGUUUAUCUGUUCACGCCCUCAGGGACAGACCCAUUUAUCCUUUACUGAAUGAGCUCGACCAAAUGAGACAUGAGAAGCGAUUUAUAAUGAGGUGCAUUUUACGACUGCUAUUCAUUCACAAAAUGGAAAAUGCUGCACAAAAAAAUCACUGCUGUUUGCAUUCCUGUGGACUUUUUACAUAACUUAGCUUGGUUUUCUUCACUUUGUUUGGAGUAUGGUGAUUUUCCACAUAUAUAACAUAAUUCAUCAUGGGCAUUUACUAGUUUUGACAAUUUCAUUAACCACAUUAUCUCUUUUAGUUGUUGUAGUGUUGGAUUAGCAAUUUAAAUGUGAUUAAUCAUGCUAUUUAUUUGGCUUUUCUAUAUUCCCAAGUGUUUGCCGUCUUUGAAUGUUAAUUUGAAAAUGUGUUAUUCGGUUCAAAUAAAGAAAUAAAGUCUUGGAAGAAACGCA